AUGGCGCAGCAGCCACAGCAGGCGCCGCCUCAGCAGCAACACCCACAGAAUCCAGGCAUGUCGCAGCCAAGCGCGGCGUAUCAGUACCCUCCGCAGCAUCAGCAAUACCCACCUACGUCUCACGAGAUGCCGCCCCAAGGCUACUCCCACCCGAAUGGUGCCAUGUAUGCGCAGCCUCGCCCAGACUGGGGUGGCUAUGGUGGCCAUGGCGCUCCUAUUACGCCCAGCGGCCACACAGCUGUCUACGGGCACGCUCCCGGCCACCAACGGCCAAGCCAGGUCUACUCAUUCGUCCCCAUCCCGGGCGCACAACAGCAUAAACGGCCUCGUAGGCGAUACGAGGAGAUCGAGCGCAUGUACAAAUGCGGUUACCAGGGUUGUGAGAAGGCGUACGGCACGCUCAACCACUUGAACGCCCACGUGACAAUGCAGUCGCAUGGCUUGAAGAGAACACCAGAAGAAUUCAAAGAGAUCCGCAAAGAGUGGAAGGCCCGUAAGAAGGAGGAAGAGAACGCUCGCAAAGCAGAGGAAGAACGUCAGCGUCAGGCGGUUCAAGCACAGGUGCAGAAUGGUAGCGAUCCUGAUGGCACGCCGACCUCAUACUCACAGGGUCGAACGCAGGUCACCUUGCCACCGAUCGGCUACACGCAAGGCGGACAGUACCAGGCAUCCCCGGUUCCUGUCACCCAGCAACCGAUGUCCGAGUACCCGGGACACAUGUACCAGAACUACGGGCCACCCCAGUCGCCAUACGGUCAGCCCCCACAGAAUGUUCCAUAUCAGCAGCCAAAUGGCCAACCCAACCAGCAGGCCCCGAACCAUUAA